AUGUCAAUGCCAGCAGAUCAGCAGCAGCUACAGCCACCGCCGCCGCCGGCGACAACUACCCAAGUAGCUUACAACACUCGCUCAACCCACGGCUCAAUCGGGCCGGUCAUUGGCGUGCUCGCCAUCGUCAUAGUCUUCGGCAUACUCGCCGGCCUCGUGGGACGGCUCUGCUACGGUCGCCGGAGAAUCAUGGGCCGCGGCGGCUAUUACGAUAUUGAGGGUUGGUUAGAGAGGAAAUGUUCGUCCUGCAUCGACGGGAGGAUCAACAUUGCACCACCCCCACCCCCACCAAGUGCUGCCAAUGUCACCUCCGGUGACUCUGCUCCGGCAUCUGUUGCAAUGCAGGCCGUUCAAGAACCCAAGCAGGAAGAUCACUCUCCUCCGUCAAACCCACCUGCAGAUUCCGAUUCCUGA